AUGCUCAGUAACCGUGCUCCUAAACGUAUAACAGUGGCGACCUCGCUUCCGGCCGAUAACUUUGCGUCGUUAUUGGUGGCCAAAUUCACAAAACGUAUCUCACUACCGAUCUCUGCCUGUAUGGAACUUCUGUCAGGCAAUUUAUUCCUCAAAAGAUUCAUGUUCUGCACAUUUUGUAACACCAUUGUGACGACACCGUUAGGUAUCGAAGCGCAUAACAAAUCGAAAUGUGGUGUAGAAGGGCUUGUCUCUCUGUAUUGUCCGCCAGCGCCUGUGAACUCGCAGAUUGAAUGCCCACUGUGUUCAACGAAAUUGUGCUCCAUUUCGGCUAUGAGGGGCCAUAUGGCCAUACAACACGGUGUUUACGUUGAAUACAAGAGUGUGACUCAGACGACAGCAUGCGUUUCGGAAAGCAAUGCAAGUCUACAAGAACUGGCGUCUCGUUACCCAGACACCAGGUCGGCGGUAGCUCGUGAGACUGAUAGCGCCCUUUGGCUACGUUUUGGACUGUUGCAACCGAAGACGCAAUUCGACAUGCAGCUCAAAUUGGCCAUGAAGGGAAUCAGGGUAUCAGGUGCAGAUCGAAAAGAUGGUCAGGCUAGCGGUGGUAGUACUCAAAGCACUCCCCGAAACAUACAGCGCGAUUCCAUACAAGUUCCGGACGACCACGUAAUUCCCGCCAUUGAAGUAGUAAGUUUAUUCAAAAGCCGGCACAAGAACCCAAAAGAAGAUCAGCGAUCAUCAUCACAACCACAGACACCGACCAGCAAUCAAAACCUUACUCAGCACUAUAUCAAGCCAUUUGUGCUGGUCAAUAACAUGCUCCGAUGCAAGUUCUGUGCCCACCAAACAAGUACACCUCAAGCGAUGAGGGAUCAUUUACAGUCCAAUCACGUUCUUGUGUGCCGUGCUUGUGGAAAUGGGUUUGCUCACCGCGAAGCGUUGACACGGCACGGAAAAAUGGGACGUUGUUCGAUGUUCUUCAAAGAUGCGUCAGUAAAGCACAUCUCGGCUGAUUGUGGUGUGUGCAAGAAGCGGAUGUCAUUGGCAAACGCAUACCUUCAUCUGUUCCGUGAACAUCUCAGUUCUGUGGUCUACGGCACAGUUUCUGGACAGGUCUAUCCAGAACAUCAAAAUCUGCAUAUCGAUGCAAGUCUUGGUGAAGCGACAAAUGUUGUAAAAGAUUCCGUCAUCUACUCACCGUCAAUCGAUCAACAGCAUUCGAAAGAGCGAAGUAGCCGUGAUGUGGUUGUGUAUAAGAGACCAACUCACGUGGUCUGUUCGUGUUAUCUGUGCGGUAUGGAGAUGGUUAGCCUUGAACAGUUGCAAAGGCAUCUCAGUAAACACACCGAAAAAUGGACGAGAUGUCCAUUCUGCUAUGAUUACGUACCCAUUCCAAGUCAUGAAGUAAUGAAGGCUCAUUUGAUGGAAAGACACAUGCAAAAGAGGGAUGGUUCAUGGACAUGUCGAUAUUGUCAACGAAUGCUGGUACGUGGCAGUUAUGCGCAUCUGUUGUACAUGUGGCACCCGAAACGCGAAAUUGUGCCCUAUGUCGUUCCAAUGUUCCGAUUGUGGUAUGACAUUCUGUCAUGUCGAGGAUUUCUGGGCGCAUCAGUGUCGUUCAUACUUUAUGCAGCAGAAAUGCAGUUGUGGCUUUGUAUAUCGGUAUUUUCGUCACGAACUGCUUUCCUCUUGCAUUUCGGAAUGCAUAUGGAUGAACCAAAUAUGACGUGUAAAUUAUGCAAAUUUAGGUUUGCAUCUCGGGUAGCUUUACAAAAUCAUCGGCUUUCCCAUGCGAUAUUGAUUAAUAGUUCCAAUGGCCGUCAGCUAGUUAUACUGGAUACAAAACUGGUGGUGCCGGAGCACCUUGAUGACAAGCGGGUGAAACGUGUCAAGGAGGUCGAGCCAUUGUCUGAAGAGAAACGAUUUAAUAUGGACAUUGCGAUGACUAUGCGACAUUUGGUUCGUAGCGUUUGUGAGCAACUCGGCGAAUCAUACGAUACUGCAAAAGAAUCUUCGCCACAAUUGGAUGCUGCUGCGUUAGAUGUGCCAGAUGAUGACAUAAUUGAAAUAGAUAGCCCUAAAGUAGACGAUGAUCUUGUCGAGAGCGUCGACACAACGCAGGCUGCUCUUUCGGCUGAAGUACGAGUAGAGGCUGCUGAUGGUGUAGUUGAUGCCGGAUCGGGAAUGCCUGGUUACGUGGAGGAUGACGAGGAUGAUGCGAUUGAAUGCAUCACUGCUGAGAAGUCGAAGAAUGCAUCGGCUAGCGCCGCCGUUGUGAUUCCUGUCGAAGAUGAAACUGCAGACGAGGACUUGAAAGUGGUUGCGGAAGUUGAAUAUGCUCCUGGAAGCAGCGGAACGGCAGCGCCAUGUGCUCGUGAGAAGAAGUUCAAAUGUUCAAAAUGCAGCUCUUCAUUCAUUACUUCGUAUGCACUGAGGACUCAUGAGAUGUCUGCGCAUAGUACGGAUGCUGGAGGGAUUUGUGACAAGGUAUUCGGUGUACCCGUGCGAGGAUUCUUUUUCAUUUGCCGUAAUUGCUGUGCUGCUUUCGAAAGUCAACAGCUGUUCAAGGUUCAUCGGUUAUCUCACGGCCCCACGGGUUCGGUAUCGUGUGGAGAAUGUUCGGCGAUUCUUAGCAACACACGCGCUCUACGAGCAUACCGUCAAAGCGCAAUGCUACAGACAGCGCGGAUCGAGGGCUGUUUUAUGGAUGACGCUCGUCUGAUGUACCAUUUGCGUGAAGCCCAUGGUGUGUCGCUGUUCUUCUUCUGUAAAGCAUGUCAUUUGGGUGGCACUCAUGAGCGAACUAUAUAUGCACAUGUAGCAGUAAAAUCGCAGCGAUGUCGUCAAUUUGGCGCACAGAAAAACUGGCCGAAAAGUAUAGCAGCACAUGAAUUCAGUUUGGAACGCAGUGGGUUGGAAAGUCGUGACCCCAUCGGAAUGUGUACAUCGUUCGUUCCUAGCACCAACCGAUUCGCUAAUAACCUGCAGGGAUUGCUUCUGCACGCCGCGUCGUUCACAGCAGCGGAAACCUUCAGGAACGGAGGAGUUGUAAAGGAGCUGGCAAUGACGCUCGACAACAGCUUAGAAUUUCCAUUCAAAGGUAUUUACGACCAGACACCUGUAGAGGGAACAUCUACAGCGCCAGGACGUGCGCUAAUACCAAGACCACCGGAAAUCCAAACAAUACCAAGCAGUGCAAUGAACAACAUAAGGACGCCUCGGACACACUCCCGAACAGCCCCAUUACCACCACAUCCCCUACCAGUUGGCGCACGAAUAGCUGCAGUUGCCCCAUUGAUGAGCAAUCAGACUAGUACACUGCCGGUUAAGCGUCGCCCUGGUCCAAGCUCGGAUAUAAUCACCUUGAGUGACGACGAACCUGGUCCAUCAGCUGCAAAACGUGCAGCUCCUUCAUCUCUGCCAGUCGCACCAUCACCAUUGACUCUGAAAAAGCCUACUGAUAGUGCUAAUCGAUGCAAGAAAUGGUUCUGUUUGGAUUGCGCCAGUGGUCAAAUGGAUGAGGUGGAGGCAAUGAAGCAUUAUUUCGGUACACAUGUGAAGGUUGCUGAACAAAAGGCUGCUGAGAAAGGGUUACUGUUCCGUCCACUGCAUUACGAGCUGCAGUGUCCUUUCCCAAAAUGUCGAGAACCGUUGUCUACCUUGACCAAUCUUCGUAUUCAUAUCAACAACAAGCAUCGAAGCGAGACGUCUUAUUCAUCUGCUGUGAAUGGUGUGGAAGGCACCUGCUGUCCGUUAUGUGGCACUCUGAAUCAGUGGAACAUUCAGAUGCCUGGCACUUCGUAUACAAUGAGCCAUAUCGCUGUUCACGGACUUCGUCGGUACCAUAUGUGCCGUGAUUGUUUCGUCUGCUUCAAAGGCGAUUAUGAUUGUGUUCGUAUGAAGACACAUUUCGAAACUACGCAUUGCACACCGAUACCAAGGACAAACAAUCGGGAAUUAUUGUGCAAGCUAUGCAGGGAAGUGAUUUUGAAGUCACAUCUUGCUGAACACGUCAUUGAGAAGCAUUUGGUAACUGGCUUCAAAUCACGAGAUCCGAAAAAUCAAGGGAAGUUAAUCGUGAAGACGGGCGCAGUGACGCGGCGAUUCCUCGGAUUUGAGCGCAUCUAUCACGUUGGUGAUGAUUCCGAUAUGGAUUGA